CGCUAUUGGGGUAUUGUUUCGCGCCGCCGGUAUACGAUACUGCUGCUGGCGCUGCUAGUGUGGUAAUGGGGUUGACAAAGGUGGGCGUGUCCGGGAAUAGGAUAUCACGGCGGUCGGCACAGAUGUUGCUUAGGACCACCCGAUUGGCCUCGCUGGAUGUUGGUCCGUUGGAGUCCGUCGAUGGGAUCAUGGCCACAGUCAAGAUAUACGCUGUGGCGAAUCUGGACUACUUGAGGAUCGACUGGAGGGUUGUUCUCGAUCCUGCCUUUGUGGGGGUUGGAAGGCUGGUGCUUGUUAAUGUCCCCACAUUCGCUAGUCCCCGUGCGGCCCGGGGGAUCGCCGCGGUGGUUGGGGCGGAGGGGGUGAGGGUGCUAGAGCUGGAGAUGGAGGUUGGCGAUGGGUCCGGCGAUUUCUCUUUCUUUGACGACGAGGCUGGAGGGAGGGAGAAAGAGGAGAGGGGGAAUGUGGACGUGCUCUCUUCAGUUGCGAAACGCAAGAGGGAGAUUGGAUGGCGCGGGAAGGUGAGGGUUGUUAGGGAUUUGGCCGGCGGGGAGAGUACUGAGCGCGGGGUCUCCGGGGAGAUGUGGGGGGUUGUUAGGGAGGGUGUUUAGCCAGGGAGCGUGCCAUUGAUUAGCAUCAUCAUAAUAACAAUGUUUAUGGAAGGUCGUAAUCUCGUGACUCCGCAAAUGCGUCUAAUAGGAUACCGUCUUUUCGGGAAAUUUACAACCAGAUCUACAGAAUCUGGGAAUAAACACA